AAUGUUAUUGUGUGCCAGGCGCGUCCUUCAAGAAUUUGCGGUGUUUGUCUGGUCAACCUACUUCUCUACCUAACAUGUCACCUUCAUAAGCUUCAUCACUUCAUAAUCGAAACAAAUCACAUCUGUUCAGAAUUCUUACCUAGAUAGUAUUUCAAUCCGCUGAUGUAAAAAGCCACUUUUUGUGCAAUGGAUCCUGGAGCAAAUGAUUAUCCAAGUGGAAACGUGAAUACAAAUGUACGGAAUAAUUCUUUCCGUAUUUCUCCUGGAAACCCAUUAGAUAAUUCAAUGAAUAUUAGUGGGCCUUCAUCUGUUGGUUACGCAAAUAACGCUGGUCACGACAAAGAGGGUUUUCUAUGCCUAAAUCGUACUCAAACGGAUUUCGUCCAAAAUCAUCAGUACAUCCAGAGUGUCCAUAAUGAUAGCAGUAACAAUAGUCAUUAUUGCGGCAACUUCAGUGAGUUCUCCCAGAGUGGUUCUCGGAAACACCCUUUGUCUGGUGUCGUCCGAACCAGAAGACGAAAAGCUGGGAUAAGUGAGGAAGAACGUGUUUGUAUUGUAUGUAGUGAACCAGCAUCUGGCUAUAAUUUUGAUCGUUUGACUUGCGAAAGUUGCAAGGCGUUUUUUCGCAGAAACGCACUCAAGCCUAGGGAUAAAAUAAAAGCUUGUAAUCGGGGUGGGGGGUGUGCUAUUGAAGGCAAUCAACGUAAACACUGCCCUUCGUGCAGGCUUGAAAAAUGUUUGGCUGUUGGGAUGAAAAGAGAGUUGAUACUACCACCUGAAAAACUUGAACAACGAGCUAAACCUCGACGCCGCAAGCACCAUUCUCCUCAGGAUAGCAGUUCCUCACCUCAGAAUUUGUUAACUGGACCUUCUUCAGUUGGCAGUAGUAACACAAAUGCUUAUCCUCCCUAUUUACCAUCUCCUUUAACUACAUCAUCUCACCCACAACAUGGAUCUAGUCAAACAUCUUACAAUUCUUCAUUCAUUUCUGGAGCUAGCAGACCACUACAUCUGAUAAAUUCUGUCAAAUUUUCUAGUUAUGUGAAUUCAAGUCAUUGCAGUGACUUAUCAUUAACUACGGAUACAUUUAAUUCCUCUGGAACUUUAGAAACCAAAGAAUGUAACUUCCCAAAUAGUUCAAUAAAAAUCCCUGUAAUUGGAAAAUCCGAUGAAUUAUUUAUGCCACCUGUAAAUCAAGAUCAAAAUCUGAAUGAGAAAUUUUUAUCUCUUGAAUCAUCUCAACAGUCAGACAGUUGUUGUAAAGCACGUCAUAGGCUGUGUCUCACACAGUGUCGCAAGUCUAGUGGUCGCACUUUUUGUCAACACCGCAGUUGUCGACUUCGUUCUCGGAAACGUCGACUACGACGACAACGUACUUUGUCUGGGUCUAAAUGUUUUCGUUCUCCUCUUAUGCAUAUAACUUCACCGGAUCCUCACCUAUUAAGUUGUUUGCAAGGUUGUGUUCAUCGUAUCCGAGAACCAUUUACCCCGGAUGAACAACUCGAAACUGGUAUUGCUGUCACAUUGGAACAAGAGUAUAAUCGAAUGGAUGCAUGCAUUCGGAGGAUAAUACGGGUUGUUAAACAUUUGCCUUAUUUUAGUGAAGUUGGUAAACCUGCUCAGCUAAGUUUGUUAAGAUUAUCAAUGACCUUAAUCAGAUCAAAAGAGCAGGUCACUAUAAUUCACCGUUCGAUAAAAUUGUAUCGAUUUUGUCUAUUUGUCAACUGCCAAAUUACAUUAAUUGUAGGUAGAUUAUAUUUCUUAUUACAAUUAGUUUAGAAUUGGUUCAUAGUUAAUUGAUUGGUAAUUAUUUUAUAUUUCAAUUGUAAAAGUCCUGUAUAUUAGUUAACAGUAGUGAUGAAUGACUGAUUGAAAAUGAGUAUUUCUACAAUUUUCUCUUCUCAAUCAUUCCAAAUAUCACGGUUAUAAUAAAUUUACAGUCCGUCUCAUGCUAACAGCUUUAAAAUUAACGUCAACAUGUCAUGUUUUUUACAAUACAUAGAUAUAGUAAUUAUAUCACUCACUAGAAAGUAUUCAACUCUAAAUGAAGGCGUCUUCAUGCUCAAAUAUUAAUUACGAUUUUAUUGAUAGUGAGCACAGUCCUGUUUCUGUAAUUCUAUUGCUGGGCUUCAAGUUAUCUUUCCCUAUAUAUUCAGCAGUCUUUUGAAUAUGUAUAAUGAGGCUGAUAGCAUAUGACUAAGUAAUAGAUACAACUCCCACAUAUAUUUUAGAGGAAAGAUUAUAUUUUGUACACCAUAGAAUAAAUUCUCUAUUCGAAAGUAGUUCAAGUUCUAGUAGCCUUUCAGUAUGGUUUGCCAGACCCACUUUUUGGUAGUUUAUUUGAUCUUAUAUGGGCUCUCACAGUACUAGAGGUGAUAAAUAUCUCUACACAAACUUGGUAUUUACGGUAAAUGUUGCCCUACUCGAAUAACCGACUAUAGGCCUUCAGUUUGUGCAGUUUUUUUUAACUUCAUCUUCAGUAAAGUCUAUAUACUUCUCUUUGAUUUGAUUACAGUGAGCCAAAGAGUUCUUCGGAAUGUCACAAUUCUAUAUUAACAUUUUCAUUGUGGUACCAAUGUAUGUACAGAGUAUUAUAACUUGACAUUUUAUUUAGUAUAGCUAUUUCCGAAUGAUUUAUUUUAUAUAUAAUUAAGUGAUUAUUGUCGUAUUUUGUUAUCUUUAUAUAGACAAACAUUUACGGAUUGAUUGUACUAUAUUCGUCUUUUUUCUUCGAACGUGAUAUUCGAAAAUUAAGAUAUCCUGUAUUACAAACUGAUGGUCAGUUAACCACCGUAACAGUUUCAAUGCUGGAUGAAGUAGCCACUCCUAGCACCUCUCUGAAUGAUCCAGACAAUAUGAUCUCUGGAUCAUGUUCUAAAUUGCUUCAAAGUAAUAGUUUCCGAUCAUUUUCACGUUGUCGUUCUAACCAAGCAAACUAUGCUAUGGGUUACGUGAAGAAUUUGAAUUGUAUAAAUCGAAUACCGUCGCUGCUUUUGAUCAUUUAGAUGAGUUAGUUGGUUCAGAUGAUAUUCUUCGAAUGUCUGUUUUAGCCAUCAAACUAUUCUCUGAUAAUUCUCUUUCUGAAGAUCUACGUCCUCCUGUGUUUGCCGCUAGACAGGCCUAUACUUUAUUUCUUUGGAAUUAUAUUCGUUGGCAGGCAGGCUCUAAACGUGUGCGGUCUGCCACCGAACUUUACGCCCGUAUCUUAAUAGCUUUUAUUGAUUUACGAACCCUGGAAAUUCGUAUGACAGAAUUCGCUAAACUACUCAGUUUAGAUGGCCUCAGUCCAUUAAUGCGUGAGGUUUGUAGUCAACGAAGCAAUUUAGGAUCAACUUCCGCAUAAAACUUUAUAAGCAAUCAAAUAUUCGUUAAUAGUAACAACGAUGUGUUAUCCGAAAUAAACAGUUUAUCUACAACCUUCCUUUUAUAAACUUAUUCUGUAUAGUAUGAACAACAACAUUUUGUUUCGUUUUGAUUUAUUAUUUGUGUUGGGAAAAAGACAAAAAUAAUUAAAAUUUGCAUAUUAUAUUAUUAUUGUAUUCAUAGAAAGUGAAUAGUUGUACACCAUUACUAACACAAUAUCUGUUAUUACUGUUUACUUAACUUUUAAUACUGCAACUAUGACUACUACUUCAACUACUUAUUGGUCCGUCUUUCGUCUAAUAAUAUAAGAAAUGAAUUAAUCUCCUUUCUUUGAGUUCAGACUGUGUAGAAAUGAAAUCUAUUUGGUAACUGUGAUUGUGCACUAAUUUGUAGGUCUUUUGUAUAAAUGUGUGUCCACUGGGCACUGGUAUUUAUACAUUCAUCAUUGUGAUUGCAAAAAUAAUUAACAAUUCUAUUUCGGGAGUGUUGUUGUGUUUUGUUUCUUUUUAUUACUGGCUAAAAGAAUGAAGUAGAGAAGUAGUGUGUUCACAUUUAUUUAUUUAUAAUUUUAACAAGAUUCUGUAUUUGAUGGGUUAUGUUUUUUUGUCCUGUUUAGUAUUUUGUUUAUGUUUGCUUUUACGUGUUCCAAUUUCCUGUUUAUUCCCACUACAUCUUAUCUACAUUUCUACCCGACCAUCCACCUUCUUAAGCUUAUGCUGUACUCACUAUACUCCUUGUGUUAAUUUUAAACAGGUAAUUAAGCAUUCUGUAAACAAUAGAUGCUUUUGUUAUAACUACCUCAGUUUACAGUGAUAUUUGUAAUGGUACUAUAACUACCCAACAGUAAACGUAUAUUUAUGUAAAGUGCUAGUCAAUUAGGUUAUUUGGACAUUAUAUAAAUCUUAAUACUAAAAAUAAUUUAUUUGCUUUCAAUUUCUUUUUUUAAAGUAUAAAUAUUUAUAUAAACUAUAAAAUAUGUGUUCCCUUCAAAUAUAUAUUUCUCACCU